AUGUCGAGGGUCAGGGCGGGUGGGGGACGACAGUUAUCUGGAAAGGAGGGUGGGUCAGAAGAUGACCCUGAGAUCGCCGCAAUAGUGGAGCUGUGCUUAGAACUGGAGCAGGAGUACGCCCGAUCCUUGCAACCUUCUGAAAUGCCACAACAGAUGCACUGGGGGGACAGUCAACCGUGGCAACAUGUUUCCGGUAGCAGAGAGGAGCUGCAUACUGGCGCCCAAAGUACUUCGUUGCUGGCAUGGGACGGAUCCGUGCCUUCUUCUUCCGUUGGCACCCCAGGAUUCCACCAGGGACCUGCUGUGCAGACGGACAAUACAUUUUCGACAAGGCCUGCUGACAUGUGGGAGGCCCAUGGGUUUCAAGGCGCAGGGCCAUCCACUUCGGCAGGGGUCUCUACCAUGCUGCUGCCAUCUGCUGACGGGUCCCUGCCCCACCAGGGACCUGGUACGCAGACAGCCUAUAGCUUUUUGAGAGGCUCCGCUGAUAUGUGGGGAUCUCCUGAGUCUCUAGGCGAACCUGCAUCCACAUCUGCAGGGGUCUCUACCAUGCGGCUGCCAUCUGCUGACGGUUCGGUCCCCACUGCUUCUGCGGGAUACGGCUCCUUGGCCCUUCCUGCGGCUGACAGCGCAGCUUCAUCAUUUCAAGGUUUUCAUGUGCCGAGUUCCUCAGCUCCCUUAAACGCGCCUUUGGUUUUCGGUGAAUUCAACCCAGGCUUGGUGUUGCCUCAAGCCCAGCCCUGGGUGCCGCCGGGUGCCCCAGUUCACGACGUUCAGCCCAGCAUACAGCGGAGCCCGUUCCCUUCAAUUGUUGAGGCAUUGUCUGUAGGAAAGAGGAGACGUGAAGAUUACCCAGCGACGUAUCCAGUGAAUCCGCCAAAGAAGUAUAUGUCUCCUUCCGGGAAGCAUGUUCCCUGCAGAUUCUGA